GAGAUGCGUACCCACGUACAAGAUCCUGCAUUCAAGGUUAUGUAAAAAGAGGAAGAAGCAGAGAUUCCUACUGGAGGGGUGAGCUUUGCGACGAGUAUAAAAGCGCUUUCCGUUUCGAUCGAAGAUACAGAAUCCAAACGCUCUACUUCAAAUUCCAUCGUAAUCGUCGAUCCAACUCAACUUCCUUCAAGAUGUUCAAGCUGUGUGUCCUCUUCGCUAUCGUGGCCGCCGUCUACGGUGCACCUGCACCAGCACCAGGAUACUUGGCUGCGCCAGCCUUAGCGGCUCUGCCAUCUCCGCUGGUGACCGCCAGUAGCAGCCAAUAUAUCGCGAGAAAUUACAACAAUUUGGCAGCGUUACCUAUCGCCUAUGCCGCCUCGCCCGUGGCUUACGCUACUCAUGCAAUCGCACCUGCAUACACCGCCUACGCUGCUCCUGCCUUAGUGGCGACGUCCUCCACCGUACGAUGUCUGAACGACGCCGAGUAUAGAAAUUCAAUGCGUAUGGCAAGGGGAAGCGGGCGUAAAGAGGAUCCACGGGAAUCCUCCUAUAUAAGAGAGCCGCGUCUCGUAUUUUCAGGUAUUACUCUGCUACCGCCAAUCAGUUCGUACGCUAGAAUCAACAAGAUGUUCAAGCUGUUCCUCCUCGCCGCCUUAUUGGCUUUUGCCGCAGCUGCACCUGCACCGGCACCUGGUGCUAUUCUGAGUGCUCCCUUGGUGACGUCUUAUGCUGGUGCACCGAUCGUUUCCAGUCUCGGCACGCCAGUGGCCUAUUCCGCAUAUUCAGCGCCGCUUGCUUACAAUACCUACGCUUCGCCGUACAGCUAUGUACCUUACGCCUACAAAGCUGGAUAUUACAUCUAGAAAAAGGAAGACACUCAACAGGACCCUGGCUACGAUUCAUCGAUUCCCAUUUCUUUUUCUUCCUUAUUAAUUUGUCCUCUUAUUACUUUUUUUGCCUCUACUUUCCCUCUACUUUCUUUUCGUUACCUCCACGUAUUAUCGCCCGUACGUUCUGCGAACAUGUCCCGAUAAAAUCCUUCGAAAUUCUUCCCGAUCCUUUUAUUAUCGAUCUCGUCGAUCCCAGUCAUCAGUGAACAUGCAAUUAAAAAUCAAUAAAUCCGCUUGAGAAAGGCA